GACUUUCCUGCUUAGGAGUGUCCUGAGAUUUUCCUUGUUAAUGCGGGUCUGGCUGGCUACUCUGACGCACCAUCCUGACGGUCCACACACCACCGUGAGGAGGCAAGGAGUCUGUCUGGCUGUCGCAUGGCAGGGGUCCGAGUCACCAGCGUGGACUGGCAGCGGUCGGGGAACGGCGCUGCGCACCACACCCAGGAGUAUCCUUGCCCUGAGCUGGUGGUCCGCAGGGGCCAGCCGUUCCGCCUCACCCUGGAUCUGAGCGGAGACCUGGACAGCGAGGAGACCCUUAUCUUCACGGUGGAGACAGGGCCCAAGGCUUCCGAGGCCCUCCACACCAAAGCUGUGUUCCAGACGGCGGAGCUGGAGGUGGGCGAUGCCUGGACAGCAGUGAAGGAGUCGCAGACGGAGAGCAGCAUGAGUGUCAGCCUCGCCAGCCCUCCUGAUGCUGUCAUCGGCCGCUACCAGCUGAGCGCCAGGGCUUCCUCUCGCAGGAGGCACAGUGACCGGAAGCUGGGAGAGUUUGUUCUCCUUUUCAAUCCAUGGUGUCCAGAGGACGAUGUAUUUCUGGCCUCAGAGGAAGAGAGACAGGAGUACGUGCUCAACGACAGUGGCAUCAUAUUCCGAGGCGUGGAGAAGCACAUCCGAGCGCAGGGCUGGAACUACGGGCAGUUUGAGGAGGACAUCCUGGAUAUCUGUCUGUCCAUCCUGGAUCGAAGCCCCAGUCACCAAGAUGACCCAGCCACUGAUGUGUCCCACCGUCACAACCCCAUCUAUGUCACCAGGAUCAUCAGUGCCAUGGUGAACAGCAACAAUGACCGGGGUGUCGUGCAAGGACAGUGGCAGGGCAAAUAUGGCAGCGGCACCAGCCCACUGCACUGGCGCGGCAGCGUGGCCAUCCUGCAGAAAUGGUUCAAGAGCAGGUUCAAACCAGUCAAGUACGGCCAGUGCUGGGUCUUCGCUGGAGUCAUGUGCACAGUCCUCAGGUGCUUGGGGAUUGCGACACGAGUGGUGUCCAACUUCAACUCGGCCCACGACACUGACAAAAACCUGAGUGUGGACAAAUAUGUGGACUCCUUCGGGCGGACCCUGGAGGACCUGACAGAAGACAGCAUGUGGAAUUUCCAUGUCUGGAACGAGAGCUGGUUUGCCCGGCAGGACCUGGGCCCCUCUUACAAUGGCUGGCAGGUUCUGGAUGCCACACCCCAGGAAGAAAGCGAAGGUGUGUUCCAGUGUGGCCCCACCUCAGUCACUGCCAUCCGAGAGGGUGACGUGCACCUGGCCCACGAUGGCCCCUUCGUGUUUGCGGAGGUCAACGCUGACUACAUCACCUGGCUGUGGAAUGAGGACGAGAGCCGGGAGCGUGUGUACUCGGACACCAAGAAGAUUGGAAGGUGCAUCAGCACCAAGGCGGUGGGCAGUGACUCCCGUGUGGACAUCACAGGCCUCUACAAGUAUCCAGAAGGGUCCCGGAAGGAGAGGCAGGUGUACAGCAAGGCCGUGAAGAAGCUGUUUGGCGUGGAAGCCAGGGGGAGGAGGACGUGGAUCCGCAGGGCCGGCGGGCGGGGUCUCUGGCGUGAAGACCUCCUGGAGCCCGCCACCAAGCCCAGCAUCACCGGCAAGUUCAAGGUGCUGGAGCCGCCAGUGCUGGGUCACGACCUGCAGCUAGCUCUGUGCUUGACCAACCUCACCUCUCGGGCCCAGCGAGUCCAAGUCAAUUUGAGCGGCGCCACCGUCCUCUAUACCCGCAGGCCUGUGGCCGAGAUCCUGCACGAGUCCCACGCGGUGAAGCUGGGUCCGCAGGAAGAGAAGAAGAUUCCAGUAGCAAUAUCUUACUCUCAGUAUAAAGAAGACCUGACGGAAGAUAAGAAGAUACUAUUGGCUGCCAUGUGCUUUGUCUCCAAAGGAGAGAAGCUCCUGGUGGAGAAGGACAUUACCUUGGAGGACUUCAUCACCAUCAAGGUGCUGGGCCCAGCCACCGUGGGGGUGGCCGUUACAGUGGAAGUGACGGUGGUCAACCCCCUCUUGGAGAAAGUGGAGGAUGGUGUGCUGAUGGUGGAGGGCAGUGGCCUUCUCCAAGGACAGCUCAGCAUAGAGGUGCCCAGCCUGCAGCCCCAGGAGAAGGCCUUGGUCCAGUUCAACAUCACCCCAUCCAAGAGUGGCCCCAGGCAGCUUCAGGUGGACUUCGUCAGUCACCACUUCCCGGACAUCAAGGGCUUUGUGAUUGUUGACGUGGCCACAGCCAAAUGACAGACCCUCAGGGACUGAGGGGGAGCAUUCGGCCCCUGUUUUGCUCCUCGCCACCUUUCUAUGGGAGCCGAGAGGCCUGGGUCAGUCCUGCUUCAGUCUCUGCCCUACUCUGUGAGUUUAGGCAAAGCCCUUCCCUCUCUGGGUGGAGGUCCUCAUCUGUAAGAUGAGGUUUGGACUCAUUCAUCCUGAACCUUUUGGACAAAUAGGUGAAGUAAGAACCUAGGGAUCCUCUCCCCCUUCUCAUCAAGCUCCUGGCUGGGAGACUAACACCUCCGAGAGUCCCAGUCACCCUGGCCCACUCUGCUGUGGCCUCUUUGCCCUUCCAGCUCACCUGUCCCUGUGUCUCUCUCAACCCUUCAAAUGCCCUAGCCACAUCCAGACCCAGCCGUCCUCCCCCAGGCCUGACAGAGAGCCCAGAUGUUAGAGCCGGAAGCUAAAGCAUCCCUCAACACUCCCACUGCGGAGAGGAGGGGCCUGGCUGGGCCCAGGGCACCUGGAGGCAGAGUCGUCCUGCAUAUUGCUACUUGCCCUGCCUUAUGCCAAAAUCAUGUUCCUGAAAAGCAUUAGAUUUUAAACAUCGAGAGAUUUUUCCCUCAGGGGAGAUGAAGGCUCUGGAUUCAAGGGGCAGAGUCCAGAAAGCAGCUGAAAAAGAUAAAGAAGGGUCCAUCCAAUGGAUUGUAUUCCUCUGAACUCUGUAGCCCCAGAUCUGAUCCGGUUAGGAUCAAGGAGCUCACUGACCUUUCCAGCUAGGCCUGACAUUUCUUUCUUUGGCGCCCAAACAGCGCCGCUUCUGCAAAACAUCCCAGCAGCCUGCACCAUGCACAUCGUGUGCUUGGAGUCAAAACAGGACACCAAGGACCAGAUAGAUACCAUCAGGCCCUGGAGAUCAAUGAACUUAGAUAUGAAAUUCUGUUCCGAAAUUUUCUAGAUAGUCCAAGAAAUUAAAAUCAAUGAUAUAAUUUAAGUCAUCUGAACAACAGCAACACAGACUCAUCUGCGGUGAGAGGCCUCCUGGAUACAAUUCAGUGGAGCAUAAUCGAUGUAGGGGGCUUUGCACAAAGCAGGUAGGGCAAGCACACAGUGUGGCGGGUGGUCCUUGGGGCCCCAUAAGGAGGCUCUUCUCUGAUGAUCCUAUGGAACAUGAGCUUGGAGAAGCUCUUGGGCUGCCUCUGUUCCAAGAUCCUCUUUCCAAACCUGGGUUUUUGAUGCUGGCUCCAUAUGGGAGGAUCAGCGGGAGGUGCAGGGCAGGCAGCCACUUCUUUGAGAUUGAAGUCAACAUGUAUCACUCCCAGGAAAAGGGACGCUGUGUUCCACAGAAGGCUCAGCAAGUCGGCCAGGAGGGUGUUCCUGGGGAUCUCCAGAUGCUCUGUUCCUCCAGUGACUGCCAACAGCAGCGGGUCUUCCUCAAGCUCAGCAGCGUAGGGAGAGAGUCCCAGGAAGCUGGUCCUGAGGUGCAGUUUGGGGUGCAGGAUGCUGAUUCAGGGGGAUCCCAGGGAUCAACACCCAGGAAAGAGAGUUAGGGAAAGCAGGAGGGGGCAGAGGGAGGAGUCGGACCGUGACACUGCCCCUCGACAGCCCCAGGGACCCCGCAGGCAGCUCUGGAGCCGCUGUGGCCUGUCACAGUUUUCUGGUUGGGCUGAGAUGGUGGGCCAUCGGUCACUGAUUGCCCAGGACUUAGGGUGAGACCUCUCUCUGCAGCUGGGACUGUCCCUGAAUCCGUGACAGCUGACGGGCAGCUCUCCUACCAGUGGGGGCUACAGAGUCCUCCAGGAAGGGGAUCUGGGCUGUGUCCUCAACCUGCUUCUGUUCAAUCCCAAGGACAGGAUGGUGACAUGUGUUCCCCAGGCUCAUGCUCACAAGGGUUUACCCUCUAGCUGCUGGGGGCAGGUGUUAAAUCAUGACCUUUUAAAAGUCACGAGAAGCAAAGAGAAAUAAGAGUAAACAAGUAAAUAAUUUUAAAAUAAAUAAGCUCAUUAAAUACAGUGAUAAGUGCCAGAAAGAAAAUAAAGUGACAGCCUUCUCCUCAAGUGAUGGGGUUAGGAUAGCCCUACUUUAUAAAGAGGAAUCUGAGAAGGUCUCUCUGAGAAGGCUAAAAUUUUAAUAACAAUAAAAACUGAUUAAAAUCUAAAGUAGUAUGCAUGCUAGGAACUGUUUCAGGUGCUUUACACAGAUUAAUUUACUUAAUAUUCAUAUAACUAACUGGAUGAAAUAGUUCCUAUUAUUCUUUUCUCUUUUCAAAUAAGGAAACUGGGGCACAGAGAGGUUAAAUCACUUGCACACAACUGCACAGCACUUAAGUAACCGGUGUAGUAUUUGAAGUUAAGCUAUCAGAGAAUGCACUCAUAGCCUCUGUGUUUAUUGUAUGUGAAGAGACAGCUAUGCAAAAGUCUGAGAAAAUGUUACAGGCAGACAAAACAGACAUGUAAGUUUGGGAGUUAUGUUAGUUUCCUGUUUCUAUAACAAAAUGCCUGAGAUAAUCAACUUAUAAAGGAGAAAGGUUGAUUUUUGCCUCACAGUUUUACAGGUUUCAGUCCAUGAUCAAUUGGCCUGUUGUUCUUGGGCCUAUGGUGAGGCAGCACAUCAUGGAAGGGAACAUGUGUUAGAACAAAGUUGCUUGCCUCAUGGCAGCCAGGAAGUGAUCGAGGAAAAGGAAGGGCCAGGGUCCCAAUAUCCCCUUCAGCGGCAUAUCCUAUGUGACCACAAGACUUUCAACGAGGCCCCACCUCUUAAAGCUUCCACUACUUCCCAUAAUGUCCCCCCACUUGCCCAAACCACAGCAUGGCUGUCCCAGGGGCUCUGUAGGAGGUCACUUUCCCUGGUAGGGCGGGCAGCUCUUGGCUCCUGUCUCCCACAGCCCCUUCCUGUUCUUCAGGCUGAAACACAUCAAGUCUUCUUCAACCUGUCCCCAAAGAGCCUGAGCUAAGCACCUUGACCCAAUCACGUGCUGCCUCCUGGGACUUGGCUCUUAGAAGAUCAGGAUGGAGGGAAGGUCAGAGGACACUGGAGUGGUGUGGUGUCACGGUCACAGUGUCCUGGCUGGGGGGCUUCUGCUCUACACAGUUGCUGUGUUCCAACGACUAUGCAACCAAUCACCCAACAACUACAGCUUAAAAUAAGGACAACUGUUUUG